CCGUGCUCAGCCGCUGCAUGGUGCGUCUCGUGCCCUCCCGUAGCCCCCCUGACCGCCCCCGAGAUUGCUUUCCAUGCCGUACGGUGCAGAUCCGGUCGUCCUUUUUAACAAGGGACCAUCGGCGGAGAGCGUCCCUCAGCUCCCUCCUUGUUUCUUGCCGUGCGUUAAGGUUUACGGGCUUGCACUUGGUGACAAGUAAUGAACAGAAGAGCAUAUGAAGGGCAGGGGCGCUUUCCCAAGUACAAAUCCUAUCACUUCAGCCACAAUCCUAAUACUGCUUCUUUCAUUAACCCUUUGCCUAUACAGGAAUAUCAGCCAGACAUCCUACGAGCCCAGCAAAGAGAGUUUCUCCUAGGAAGGACUGUCGGAUUUAAUGCGAACCCUCAGAGUUUUAACGCAUACCGAGCGCCGCAAAAACAUUACCCACCCCAAAAGACCGCACCGCGCCCCCCACAGUAUCCGUACUACCAUCAGCCAAGCAACCGGGGACCCCCCGAAAGAAACGUUACCAACCUGUCACAAAGUUUCCAAGCCCUGCAUGUGUCCUCUGACCCGCUCGAGAAAGACAUAGUUUGUUUCUUCGGAGAGCUAAAUGACGGAGAGACCCGCACCGCCAAAUAUUUAUCCAGAUAUUUCCGCGUAGAGAAGAAAGUUGUCAAUCAUAUCCUCUACAAAUUACUAAAAACCGGUGUGCUGUGGAAGGACGGGGAAACGCCGCCACGCUGGAGGAUUCCUUCCGCCUGCACGCCUCCCGUGGCCUCUUCGGUCGGUGAAAGUCAAGGGGAAGGCGAUUCGGAAGAGGGGGACGACUCUACAUCUUCGCUGUCCCGCUCCUUCUCCGUCACGUGGUGUCCGCAAACUAUGGCCGAGAACAAGGAAAAGGUCUUUAAGUAUUUGUUCCACAACCCGCUAUCGACGUCGCUCAGCGUACGGAAGAAUGUGGGCAUAGCUAAACCCCACGAAAUCAAUCAACUUUUGAAUGCUUUGGAGAAACAAGGAGAUGUCUGCAGGAAUGGCUCGAACCCGAUAAAAUGGUCGCUCAGCGCCAAGAAACAUGAAAGAAUGCUGCUCAAAGAGCGAGCAAGCGAAAUCCAGGAGUCUUUGAUCCAGGAAGAACCCGUGCAGGUGGAUGAUGGUGAGCAGGUAGCCUCCAACGUAGAGCCGGUAGCCCCCAACGUAGAGCAGGUAGCCCCCAACGUAGAGCAGGUAGCCCCCAACGUAGAGCAGGUAGCCCCCAACGUAGAGCAGGUAGCCCCCAACGUAGAGCAGGUAGCCCCCAAGACUGAGCAGGUAGCCCCCAACGUUGAGAAUGGGCAAAAGGCCUUGGCAAAAGACAACACGGGCGGAGAACGGGUAUCCACAGUACCUAGUGCCGUGGUUCCUUCGGAGGAGCCACCAAAGAAGCGUUCCAGGCGCAGGGCGUUCGACGACUAUGAAAACGGAAAGUGGGCUCUUGACGACCUACCCGAAAGCCUCAACGUAAUGAACAGGGCAUCCGAUAUCUUCUCGGGUGAUGCAGCAGGGGACACUAUGGCGAUCACGCAAUAUUACGAACCCACCAGGGAAUGCUCGCGUCUGGAGAAGCUGCAGGCCUGCCAGGAGAAGAAUCCGGUCAGUGGCCUCUUGGAGUUCGCGCACUUCUGCUCGGAGCAAUGUGACUUUGUCCUUCUCGAGCAGAGCGGGCCUUCGCACGACCCCAGGUUUAAAAUCCAAGCUGUGAUUAAUGGCCGUCGUUUCCCACCAGCUGAGGCUAGUAGCAAGAAGAACGCCAAGAAGGAAGCUGCUUCUCUCACCCUUCGCAUCCUCCUGCGCGAGGAGCAGGGUGGAACGGAAGAGCAGGUUCUGGCGGAGAAGAAGGAGGUCCAGCCGGUACAGGAGGAGGUGAAGCCUGUACUGCAGUCGUUCCCCUCAAGCGGUAAAAAUCCGAUUAGUGUCCUCAUGGAGCACGGACAGAAGUCCGGGAACAUGUGCGAGUUUGUGCUGGUGUCCCAGGAGGGACCCCCUCACGACCCACGGUUCACGUACAUGGUGAAGAUCGGCAAGCAGACAUUCCCGUCGGUGGUAGCGAACAACAAGAAGAUGGCCAAGCAACUAGCCGCCGAAGCUGCCGUCAGACUCCUCCUGGGGGAAUCCGUCUUACAGACAGAGAAGUUUGAACCGGUCUCCGAUACAAACACUUCAGAAUUUCCUGCAGUCCCAGAGCUUUCGGCGGACGAGCUAAAGAUGGCUCAGGGUUCCGGAGUGCGAGAUUUCAUCAAGUAUCUGAACGCCAACCCAGUGAGCGGCCUUCUGGAGUACUCCCGGGCCAAGGGCUUCGCGGCCGAGUUCAGGAUGGUCAACCAAACCGGGCCUCCUCACGAUCCCAAGUUUGUUUUCCAAGCAAAGGUCGGGGGCCGAUGGUUCCCAGCAGUCACGGCAUCCAGUAAGAAACAGGCCAAGGCGGAAGCCGCAGACGCUGCCCUGCGGGUGCUGAUUGGGGAGAGCGAGAAAGCAGUUCGCGAAGGUGACAUUGUCUCCGAGCUCCCGGUGGGUGGCAGCACCAUCCACGACCAAAUCGCCAUGCUCAGCCACCAGAAAUUUAACAGCCUGACGGCGCGCAUCCAGAACAGCCUGCUCGGCCGCAAGAUCCUGGCCGCCAUUAUCAUGAAGAAAAGCAGCGACGACCUGGGGACCGUAGUCAGCAUUGGAACGGGAAACCGCUGCGUGAAGGGCGAGGAGCUCAGUUUAAGCGGAGAGACCGUCAACGACUGCCAUGCGGAGGUUAUUUCUCGGAGAGGGUUUAUAAGGUUUCUGUACAGCCAGCUCAUGAAAUACAACCCCGAGUUUCCAGAAGACACCAUCUUCGAGGAGGCGGAAGGGGAUCUGCUGAGGGUCAAGCCCAACGUGACCUUUCACUUGUACAUCAGUACCGCUCCCUGUGGAGAUGGGGCGCUCUUUGACAAGUCGUGCAGCGAGCAACCCAGCGCCAACGGAGACAACAAGCACUACCCGCUUUUUGAGAACCCUAAGCAGGGCAAGUUGCGGACCAAGGUGGAAAAUGGAGAAGGCACGAUACCGGUGGAGUCGAGCGAUAUCGUUCCCACCUGGGACGGGAUCCAGCACGGCGAGCGCCUGCGCACCAUGUCCUGCAGCGACAAGAUCUUACGCUGGAAUGUGCUGGGCCUGCAGGGCGCCAUCCUCACUCACUUCCUCGAGCCGGUGUACCUCAGCUCACUCACACUCGGCUACCUGUUCAGCCAGGGCCACCUGACUCGUGCCAUCUGCUGCCGGAUGACUCGGGACGGCGAUUCUUUCCAGCAGCAGCUGCCCGACAUGUUCAUUGUCAAUCACCCGGAGGUCGGGCGCGUCAGCGUGUAUGACUCUCACCGGCAGACUGGAAAGACAAAGGAGUCCAGCGUGAACUGGUGCAUGGCAGAUGAAGAAGUGGAAGUACUGGAUGGAACAAAGGGGAAAGUGGAGGGAGCCAAGCUGGAAGUGUCCCGCGUGACGAAGCUCCGGAUGUUCUCCAUGUUCCAAGAACUUUGCCGACAGCACAAGCGCGAAGACCUUUUACAUUUCAGCACCUACGGUGACAUCAAAGCAGCGGCCACCUCGUAUCAGAAGGCCAAAGGACUUUUCUUCAAAGCUCUGGAGAGCAUGGGUUACGGGAACUGGAUAGGCAAGCCGCAGGAAGAAAAGAGCUUUACCGUGGCCAGCAAAUAAAAAAGUCCCCGUGAAUUUUUGUACGAGAAAGUUACCAGGUUUGCACUGAGUGUCAGUUCAUGGUUGUUGCCCGCAAAUCCCGUGUUCUGCUUGUUGCUGGGACAUCCCUCUGUUCUGUCCAAACGACGCUUUCAUUUACACUCUCCGGUCACGAACUUGGGGGUAAUAGAUUACUCUGUACGGGUGGAACUUCCGGCCUGCCCCGGAUUUUAUUUCAUUUUAUUUUUAGUGGCAGUCCAGAUUUUCCUUUUACUCCUCUUAACCCCCCUCUCCCUUCUGCAGCAAUACUUUGAGAAUGAAUAGAUAUAUAUAUAUAUAGAUAGAGAUAUUAUAUAUAUAUAUAGUAGAGGGGUUGACACGGCCACAAGACAAAUUUAGAAUUUGUGUUUUUAAUUUUAGAAUUUUACAUAAUUCAAUGAAUCUUAGCAAUAGACCAGACCUUUAUUUUUUUAGCU